GACCGAGUUGGCGGCGCAGAGCUAGUUCGCGACUCUUCUUUUUAUUACCAUUUGCUAAAUCAUAAAAACAUCAUAAACAUGGACCACUUAAGUUUGCUAAACAUUACCAUCAAAGGAAGCAACCUCACCGACGAAAAAAUUACUCAAGAUUAUGAAGAGACACAACAAGCUGAACGGUGUCCUUCCAUGACAUAUCUCGAAGAAGCUGAAGAUGGCCGUAAUGACCUGAUGGUAAUGGAUCCUGAACGUCUCAAAAUAUUUGUUGAUUAUAUGGAAAAGCGUCCAGUUGGCCUUGUACGCAGCCCUUCCCUAGCGCCAUUGGAAAGUAAUCCAGAUGGAUACAAAUAUAAAGGAUUUAAUGAAUUCUGGAAGUCAAAAACUGGUAGUUCUUGGAUGAGUAUUAGUAACAGCAUAUUGCCAGCUAGGAUUAUCGUCGAUGAGGCACAGGUUGUCUAUGGUAGCAUUUAUUUUUUGGAGGAUACUGUGAAUGAACUUUCAUCAACUCAGCACAAACAUGACAUCUGGGUGCUCCUACUGAACACAUAUCAACCAAACUUACAACAUUACAUUCCCAGAUACCCUUGGAUUAUCAUCCCUUCAUUUGACAGAAGAUGA